CGUCAACCUAAUGCGACCAGUGACGGCAACAGAGCUCGGUGUACGGAAAGCUCGUUUAGAGCUGUUGGCUCCUGCGGAUGGCGAGGGGCCGCACUCAACACGAAGCGAUGCGCAACAAUGCUCGCCAGUGGGAGAGAGAGGCCGAUGGCAUUUUCACACGUCCUUUACAACAAUGGCAGACCUGGGUCCCUGAUCUUGGCCUGAAAGAGCGUCUCACUGGCCGGCGGGCAGCAGUGCGAGUCAGCGGACCAGCCGUAGGGGCAGUCCGUGCCGUUGAACUUGGUGCUAGUAGUGACGGACAAGAGGGUCAGCCUCACCGAAUCGCCAGCUACUUGACGGGCAUUCUACACUCACCAAGCAGCCGUCAUGUCGUUCCUGCAGCAGACUUUGCCCAACGCCUCGCCAAAGAGCAGGGGCGCUGCGAGCACGAAGGCAGCGAUAACACAGCAGGUCAGCGUAUUCUUGCGCAUGGUGUUCGUGCGAUGAGAGUACGUGUCGAUGUCAGGAGGGCAAGAGGGCUGCGCGCCAAGGCAAAGCUCAGAUGGGGAAGCCAGCGAGGCCGGUUUGUAGCCGCAGAGGCAGGGCGAAGGGCCUGCCUGAUUGCUACGCGGAUUUCGCCGUUCGCCAGCAUUUGACCUUUGACCAAUGUAGCGCCGAGUCUCAGCAAAGAAGCAAGCGUGGGGAGACGAUGGACUUCCCGUGGGCAGGAGCAGCCGGGCGAUUGCGGCAGUGUCC